UUAUAACCCAGAGUUAUGUAUUUUGCAUCGAAAGACCUGUAUCUAUGAUCUAGCCCAUUUUUUUAUAUGCGCAAGUAGCUUAUUUUGGGGAGUGUAUACUUAUUAAUGGUGGGCGGUGUAUAAGUAUUUUCUUUAAUUCGUUUUUGUAAGAUUUUUUCUUUUUGAAUUUUUGUUUUAAUUAUUAUUUUUGUAUAUGAAAUAUAUUAUUGAAAAUGAAAGUAGAAUAAUACUGUACAUCUAGAGCUGUAUCCUGCUCUGACCUCGUUAGUAAGACAACGCCACGGCUCAUUACACAUCACCUGUACAAAACAUUGCGGUAAAUCUAUUGUGUGUAAGAGUUGGAGCCGCGAUAAGAACAAUAUCGUGGUCAAAACUUAUCAUCCACCGCUAACACGGAAUACAGUAGAUCUAGUUCAUCUUUAUCAAUAUUGAAAUUUCGACCUGGGGACUUCUUCAGCAUGUUCGGAUGUGUGCGGUAAGAUGUCAAUUAUCGCAUAACAGCUGUUAGAUAUAUUUACGUUAACAGAUAUAGUGUGCAGUGAAUCAAGUCCGACUAUACGAUAGGCCCGUGAUGGUUAAGUGAUAUAUUGAGUGUGUUUAACCUUAAACUUCCUCCUAAAAUUGCGUAGUUGCUGUUGUAAGAGGCCGCAUACCACACUUGUGACAGCUGACGAGUGUGUGAGAGACGGAAUUCCAACACAUGUACUGACUCCGACACCAAACGCUUGUCUAACUGUCCUCAUCAAAGUCUGGAAUUUCUCACACUACCUAGUACGUAUAACCGGAUGUGACGUCACGAUGGAUUUCCUUCCGGAAUAUGUUCCCUCUGACGUCGAUUCAACGUCAGGGUUUCCUACUCUCCACUUGUCGUACAUCAUGGAGAUUCUUAUCCCGCGAAGAUUUGUCGGGAAAGAGAGAAUUCGGGACCAAGUUCAAAAAGUAUUCAACGGAAUGACAUCUAUAAAAAUGGAUAACCUAAAAGUAGUCCCGGUUGGAAGCAAAGCGGAGGGUUACAACAUUCCAGAUGCAGUAUUCUCUACUAAAGGGAGUAUCGAGUUUUUAUCCGACGUGGAUAUCAUUUUAACAAACGACAAAAUCUUGGUCUGUGAAGACCAGGUGAAAGUGACGGAUGAUAAGUACAUGAUGCUUCUCGAUACAAGAAACGUUCACCCUGGAUACGGCAAACUUCAACUCAUUAAGAAACCCAAAAUGGACCAUUUUGCGGUAGUCCAUGACGCAGACACCAAUGCGUACUUUAUGAGUGGUACAGAGUAUCAGAAGGAAUUUCUAAAUAAGAUACUGACGGAUUCAGAGUCAGAGCUUGAGAGACAAAUGUACGAACUGCACGGACCUGCUCUCCAAUACCAAGACACACAGCCGUUCACGUACGAUAGACGCCAUCAGAAAAUCAUCAACCCCUUUGAUCACAUACAGGGCUUUCGAUGUGAUGACUGGCCACGUGUGGCCGAUGAGUGGAAGACUCGACAACGAGCCAAUGGUUGGCUUAGUGAGGACCUUAUUAACAGUAUCGUUUCUAAGGGUUGCUACUUGGUCCCGGUGCCCCACAAACAGAGCGAGAACCCGGAUGUUGAAUGGCGGAUUUCGUUUGCCGAAGUCGAGCAAAUGGUGGCCGAAUUUGCAGUCACAAAUGCGCAACGACAGUGCUUUAUAUUCGCCAAAUUGUUAAGACACCAAAUACAAGAGGCGACCUCACAGAAAUUCCUGUCUUCGUACUGUCUUAAGAAUGUAUUCCUCUUCUGCUGCGAGAGACUUCCUGUCAGUGCUUGGGAUGAAAAUCCAGGAUCCUGUCUUCUCUAUUUGUUGGAUUGUGUUGGAAUUUGUUUACACCAGCGUGUCCUGCCUAAUUAUUUCAUUCCAGAAAACGAUCUCCUAGAUCUUUUUACAGAAGGCGACAUAAACACAUCAAUUACGUUGCUGGAUUUGAUGAGAAGAGACAUAAUAACACCAGUGUUAACUUUUACUGACACUCAUGUUUUGGUUUUUGAAGGGAAUGGCUGUUUGACAACUAGAGUGAUUUUCAGAUCUGUUGUGGAAUCGGUGUUGGAAGAUGUCCCUAUAUAUACCAAGACGAGGAAUGCAAUAGCAUCUUUGACUGGCCCCUUUUUGAGAACGCAAUGCGACAUAGCUGUGAUCAGACUGAGAGAAAAGUUAUCUCCUUUUCAAUAUCACAAAGACUUCAUGGAUUAUUUCUUGAGCACGCACCUGCAGAAUGUUCAUAUCAUUGAUUUGUUUAAUCUGAUAGGCAUGAAUCUAGGCGAUACGGAGGUAACACUGGAAUAUUUCGAGUCGCUUCUACAAAUCCAGCACUUGUAUCCAGAUGUGGUAAAACUGAAAGGAAAUUUAGCGUGCACAUACUUUACUGCGUCACAAUGUCUGCGCUCCAAUUCCAGCGAACACCUCUCCAGAGCGGAGGAACUCUUCAGAGAAGUCCUUGCCUCCGAAGGUGUGCAUUUUCCAACCACCAUAGAUUUUGCUAAUUACCUCUGUCAUGUUCAAAAUUGGCGGGAAGCUGCAUUGCUUCUGGAACAGUUCAUUCAAUAUGAAGAGAAGUGCCACAAAUACAGCAACAGCUACAAUAUUAUGGAAAGUGCCACCCUAGACAAGAUGUUACAGAGGGAAUUCUCUCACACAAAUCUUCUCCAGGUGUCCUCCUUAACCUUAGCUUAUUACUACUUGAUCAAAUGUCGCACCAACAUGCAGUUGUCAUUUUCAGAUAUCCUUGAUGAAUUUGCAGAUCGAUGUACCAGUUUUCAAGUUGGGAUCGACUUUCAGUUGCUAGGAUACUGCUAUAUCAACUGUGCAGACUAUAAGAAAGCUCUGAAUGUUUUUAUCAAAACUACAGAGCUGGAUCCGCACAAUGUUGUUGCUGCCGAAAAUAUAGCAUUUUGCCAACAAAAACUUGUAUACGAAAAAAUUCAACAUCGCAGUAGACAGCAUCAGAAAUUGUUCAAGUGGUUUCUUUUUGUGCUGAAAAUUUCUGGAAUAGUUGCUCGAGAUCAUAUGAUAUAAUUAAAAAUAUUCUAACUUUU